AUGCCACCAAAGUGGGUGGGCACACUUCCUAAGUAUAAGUAUGGAAACAACCUCGUCUCGUCCUAACGGAUUUCUACUACAGAGGAGACGGAGAUGAGCGCUAYCACAAUGAGACCACAGCCAGCAAUGAUGAGAUUACACCUGCUCUUCGCCAUUUCCUUCUCCUGGGCGUUCCACGAGGUCCCACCCCCCAAGUACCAGCACUACGACCCCUUGACCUCUGAACUCCUCCUGUGUGACCAGUGUCCGCCCGGCACGGCCGUCCUGACCCACUGUACCGCCGACACCCCCACCGCCUGCACGCCGUGCCCCGACCGGUCCUUCUCAGAACACUGGCAGUGGGGCGACAGCUGCCAGUACUGUACGACGGUCUGCAAGGAGAGGCAGCUGGUGAGUCAAGAGUGUAACAGCACCCGCGACCAGCUGUGUGAGUGUAUCCCAGGCUACCACCUGGUGGUGGAGUUCUGCAUCAAACACACGUCCUGUCCACCGGGCCUCGGCGUGACUGCUCUAG